AUGUCUGCUCGUACUUUGUCGCAUAGCCUUCGCAGCCGCUGCCUUUUGCGCAGACCUCAGAACAUUCAGGGUUUCUCGACUCGUACCAACCUCCGUGCCGCUGAUCAUGGAGAUCACUACGAUCCUCCGACUGGGUGGCUUUUUGGUGUCAAGCCAGGCCAGAAGUACGUGAAGGAAGGCUGGGAGAACAUCUGGUACUACGGAUUCAUUGGCAGCUUGCUUGUUGCCGGUGUCGCAUACGUUUUCAAGCCAGACACCUCGAUACAAACAUGGGCUUUGGAAGAGGCACGGCGGAGACUGGAAGCCGAGGGUAUUCUGGAGGACCCCGAGAAAGCUCAGAGGAAGUAA